UCGCUAACCACAGGAUCCUCCGUCCAUCCGUAUAAUCUCUCCUUUCGCUUUCCUUUUUCCCUUCUCUCUCUCUUUCCAUUAUAGCUCCCUUAAAAAGCUUCCAUACACUCCCACGUAGAUACCCAAAAUCUCAACGACGACGAAACCCUCUUCCUUGCCCUAAUUCUCUUCGUGAGAUGAUCCCAGAGAAGAGGAGGGGAGGGAUCGGCUCGCGUGGGAGGUGACGACGAUGCACGGAAACACCAGGAUCGGGGGCGCCGGAGCGAGGCCGAACGGGGCGGCGGCGGCGGCGGCGCCGUGGCCGGGUAGGAAGGGGAGCGUGGAGCGGCUCGCCUACGCCGCGGCGGCGGCGGUGCUGCGGCGGCGCGCGGUCCUGGUGGUGGUGCCGCUCCUGUACAUGGUGGUGAUGGUGGUGCUCGUCGGGGUUUGGAAUCUGGAUUCCGGGCCGGUGCGGGUCGGGGUGGCGAUCCUGCGGCGGAGGGCGCCGCCGCCCCCGGGUUCCAUGUACCGGAGCACGCAGGUGUUCGAGAAGCUGUGGCCGUACAUGCAGGGCGACGUGAACCACAGCAAUGCGUUAACAACAGCAUGGCAUCAAAAAGCAGGACACCGUUGGAAGCCUUGUACCCACAAGAGGUUAAAACAGACAGAGCUGCCGCCAUCAAAUGGAUUUCUUAUAAUUGAAGCGAAUGGUGGUUUAAAUCAGCAGCGCCUAUCAAUAUGUGAUGCAGUGGCUGUCGCUGGCUUACUAAAUGCAACACUUGUCAUCCCAAUGUUUCAUUUGAACAGCGUGUGGCGUGAUUCCAGUAAGUUCGGAGACAUCUUUGAUGAGGAGUAUUUUAUCGAGUCACUAAAAGAUCAUGUACGCGUGGUCAGAGAACUUCCAGGGGAUAUUCUGCAACAGUACGAUCAUAAUAUCAGCAAUAUACCAAACAUGAGAACCAAGGCCUUCUCAUCUAAGGCUUAUUAUUUGCAGAAGGUCCUUCCAAAAUUGUUGGAACUGGGGGCUGUACGGAUAGCACCAUUCUCCAAUAGGUUGGCUCAUUCAGUUCCACCGAAUAUUCAGAGAUUGAGAUGUUUGACCAACUACGAAGCAUUGAGAUUUUCUGGACCUAUAAGAACUCUUGCAGAAAAAAUGGUUGAUCGAAUGGUAAAGAAUAGUUCCAUAAGCGGUGGGAAGUAUGUCUCAGUGCAUCUCCGCUUUGAAGAGGAUAUGGUAGCCUUUUCUUGUUGUACAUAUGAUGGAGGCCAAAAGGAGAAACUUGAAUUGGAGAAAGCUCGUGAGAGGGGUUGGAGAGGAAAGUUUCAUAGACCAGGUCGGAUAAUAAGUCCAGAGGCAAAUAGAAGGGAUGGGAAAUGCCCUCUAACUCCGAUGGAGGUAGGAAUGAUGCUCCGAGGCAUGGGAUUUGGUAAUACAACCUCACUUUAUGUUGCUUCUGGUGAAAUAUAUAAUGCGAAAAAGUACAUGGCUCCUCUCCGCCAGUUGUUUCCGCUUUUAGAGACGAAGGAGACUCUAGCCUCAGCUGAUGAACUCGCACCAUUUAAGGGGUACUCUUCUCGGCUGGCGGCACUGGAUUACACCGUCUGUGCUCGCAGUGAAGUGUUUGUCACCACUCAAGGGGGAAACUUUCCCCACUUCCUGAUGGGGCACAGACGCCAUCUAUAUGAAGGGCACUCAAAGACUAUCAAACCGGACAAGAGGAAAUUAGUUCUCUUUUUGGACAACCCAAGCAUCAGAUGGGAUAGGUUCAAGAGACACAUGCAGGAUAUGCUUCACCAGAGUGACAUAAAGGGAGUGGGGCUUCGGAAACCAGAUGCAUCUGUAUACACCUUUCCCAUGCCUGAUUGCAUGUGUCAGCAAGGACAGGCGUGAUCUCGGAGGUGUCAUGCAAUGGGAGGACUAAUUUUUGUUAUUAAUUCCCCGGUCGAUUUCUCGAUACACGUGUAAGUAGAUCUUUGAAUCAACAACCAUGGAUUGCGCCCGGGAGAUCUAAUUCAAUUUUGUGUUGGAGCUUUGGAGAGUCGGCACAAUAUUUCAUUUACUUUAGGCCCACGAUAAAUUGACGCACCGGUUGAUUUGUAUAUGUAGCACGAAUAGAUGAUUACGAGACAAAUCUUUUACAUGUAGUAUAAUAAAUUUCUUUUUGCCUUGCCUAGUCAA